AUGCGAUUUAUCAUAGCGUUCCUGAAGUAUCCGAGGCGAAGUCUUUUCAAACGGUACAGUCGAGUAUCAGACGAAGACUUUGGGUUGGAAUUUGGAGAGAAGCACUACAAGACGACUAGUCAUACGAAUGUUGGCUCUGAAAAAAGGUUCCGUAUCUGGGUGGCGCUGGCAUGGUUUUUUGCUUUGACGUCUGCGGAGCUCAUUUUCAACAAUUGGGAACUACGCAAUGACAAUGACUUCAGAACGUGUGGUGGCAGAUUCGAUACAGAAUUUCUACCAGCUACACAAGCGAUCAAGUUUAUCAAAACAAGACUCCCCAGUAGCCCGCGAAUUGGAGAGACAGGAGAGAAGUACUUCUUGCCCAACUCGAAUAUAUUUGCAUCCGCUGGAUCGCCUAGCCCAGUUGUUGACAAGGCUUGGAAUAUAUCUACUGGUGAAAUCGGAGAGAGUUCAGACGAAUAUUCGGAUGAUCGUCGAGGAGGAUACCGCACCGGGUAA